UCCAUCCAUUUAAAAGACUGACAUGCUUCUUGUCUGACUUGCAUCAAACGACAGUCGUGACAAUUAGAAACAGAAAUUUUUCACCACAUUUGUUACAAAACAAAUCAAUUCAAAACCAUAUCAACCCAGAUGUUUUGACUUCUACCCCAGCCAAGACAAAUUGAUUACAGAUGACAAAAGUUGCUAUGCAUGCCAGAUAUCACCAAAAAAGCAGGCUGUGGAAAUGGCAUCAGCCAUGGGAAUUCCUGAAAAAAUCAAAAGUAAUGUAAGAGCAAUGCUUCAAUCCAAGAAGGAGGGUGUGCCCAUUGCCAUUUUCUUCAAAAAUUAUAUGGAACUUUUUGAAGAACCACUGGACUUACGGAAGAUGGGUUUUAAAAGAGUUGAAGACUUUGUCUCUGCAAUACCUGAUAUUGCAAGAUUAGAAUUAUCACAGAUUGACCAAGGGUACAGAAUUUUGAAGGCUAAACUGCAAAAUAGUUUUCCAGUAGCAAGUAUAGAACAAGAGCAUAUGCCUGCAUCACAUCUGAAAGACUACAAGACAGCAAAAAGAACUUCAGGUCAUAAUGCCUGCUCUGAUUGGGAUAACGAGGAGACUGACCUCCAGCCAGACGCAAAAGGAUUGUAUUCACUUUGCUUUUCAGGAAGUAAUAAGCCAAGUCAGCCUCUUGAGCCUCUUUUCAACCAAGCAGGGCCAUUGUGUAGAAUACAUGAAAAUAAAGGGAUGGUGUUCAUCCAGUACUAUAGCCGUGAGAGUGCCCUUAAAGCCAUCGACAUGUUUCCACAUUUAAAUCUUCGAGCCACAAGAGGCAAGAAGCCAUCUUCAGUCCAGAGUGGCUCACCAAAUGAGAAGAAGCAGAUUAAAAGCACCACUAUGCAGGCAGCAGAUUACAACAGAAAUGCUCAAACAGGAAAGAGAGCAGAGGAGAACUUUAAUAGAAAUGCUAAGGUUUCACCUUCUGAAGAGUGUGAAUAUCUUUCACCCAAAGGUGUACAGAAGACACCAUUUGAAACCCCAUCAGUCAACAAAGGAAGUCCAAAAAGAGAGAGAAAGUUAUUUAUAAGUAACAUUUCCAUGAAUGCCACAAAAGAAGAACUGUAUGACCUGCUCAGGGAAAGACAUCAUGUGGGGAAGUUGAUUUUCAGGUCCUUUGGCCAUGUUAGGCUUGCUUUUGUGACAAUGAGAAGUAAAGAGGAGGCAGAUGUGCUUAUGCAAGAAUUUGACACCAUGUUGUGGCAUGGUCGUGCUCUCAGUGUACAGCUUUAUGAAAAAAAGCCCCGUCAAGAAAUGCUGAAAGGGAAAAAUUUGGAUAAGACACCAACAAAGAGAGGACAAGUCAAGAAAAGUGUUGAGAGUAAACAAUAUACAAGAAAACUAAAUAACCAGACCUCUCCUGAAGAAGAAAUGCCACCCUUAGAAGAUGAGAUGCCUGAACUAGAGGAGGAUAUCCCAGAGCUUGAAGUGGAUAUUCCCGAGUUGGAAGUAGAUAUUCCCGAGCUGGAAGCAGAUAUUCCUGAGCAGGAAGCAGAUAUUCCCGAGCUGGAAGCAGAUAUUCCUGAGCUGGAAGCAGAUAUUCCUGAGCUGGAAGCAGAUAUUCCCGAGCUGGAAGCAGAUAUUCCUGAGCUGGAAAUGGAUAUGGCACAGCUAGAAUGGGAUGUUAUAAAACAUGAACAAAGCAGUGUGGCCACACUUGCAAAAAACAACAAAGAACAAGAAAGUAAUCAGUCGAUUAUAAUAGAAAAUUUUCCAGAUGAAGCGUCAAAGAGAGAACUGAUCGCACUGUUUUUCCGAUAUCAUCCCAUAAAUGUAACAUUCAUGUCAAAUGAAGGAUGCAAAAAAGCUGUCAUCCAGUUGAGUAGCCCUGAAGACGUGAAGAAGGCUGUUGCUGAGAUGAAUCAACAGGUGUAUAUGGGGAAAACUCUUCUCGUAGAUUUACCACCUGUGUCGCCACCCCAUGAAAAGAAUGAGGGAGAGCCAGUUCUGUCAACAUUGCUUAAGUUGCGGGAAUUUAUCAUCAAACAAAUGGCCAAGCCAAUACUCAAGAUUCGUCUUGGGCAAAGACUGGAGGUGUUGGUAACAUCAGUCGUCAGUGACAGGUUUUUCUGGGGCCAGAUCAUCAUUCCUGAGUCUGGAGAAAAGCUUCAAGAAAUUGCAGGUGUUAUAAACAGCUCCUUGAAUCGUCGAAAAAAAAGAGAAGGGUAUGGCAGAUGUGUGGCAGUCUUCGAUAGUGAUGAUCUCUGGUACAGGGCUUGGAUCUUCAGCACCACGAAAGGUUCAGAUUCUGCUGGGGUUUUCUUUAUAGACUAUGGUAACACUGCUUUUGUCCCUUGGGGCAAAAUAGCAUUCUGCAGCAAUAAUUCAAUCUGGGAUCAAUGCGCCAUGGCAACCCCAUUCACAUUGACUGAUCCAGUUGUCAAUCUGAAGGAACGAGAACUGACAUCUAUUACAGUAGAAGUGACUGCCUGUGAAACUGAGGGGGAAGAGGGAAACUUUAUUGUUGCCAGACCAAUCUCCCUCACAGGCAUGAGUCAGAUUUUGGUGGCUGCCGCUGCUGUCAAACAGAUGACAUUGAAGAAUAGGCACGUCCAGAGCUCCUGAUAUGCUAGCAGUGCUUUAAAGUCAUGUCAUGAUUCCAUGUCACUUCAAAAAUUAUUCUACCUGUUUUGCAAAUUUUUGCUUUUUUUUUUUUUUUUUUUUUUUUUUAAAUAAAGUUUAGCUUUUAACCUGACUGGUGUUAACCCCAGGAGUUAGGCUGGGAGUUUUAUGUUUCAAAAUUUUAUUCCAAGUAUUACUUGGGCUUACAAUUAAAAAAUGUGAAUUUUGGGGCUUUGUCCAAUUGCCAAUAUAAGGUGAUGUAUUUUGUUUGACCUGGCCCCGGUCAUAUUUGAUGCAGAGGUGUACACACUAGUGGUGAUCCUGACAUUGUAAAUGGUGCUGUAGUUUCAGUGCCUCAACCAGUUUCCUUUUAAUAGUGCUUAUGUGGUUUUGCAUCAGAUUUAGCUGUUCGAGAUGCUUAACAAGCACAUGCAAGUCACCUUGAAACAAUUUUACAGUCUAAGGACAGCGCAGUGGUAUUCCAAAAAAAAAAAAAUGCUCAUCAUUAAAGAUGUUUUAAAAAAUGCAUGGGCAUCACAUUUGAAACGGUUAACUGAUUCACAACGCAUGGUUGAGAAAUGCAUGAAAAUAUCUUAGUUUCUUUUAAAAAAAAUCUUUUGUAAAAAAACCUAAGAAGGACAAAACAAACUUUUUUAAAAAAAAAGUAUAAAAUCAGCAGAAUUCAACUGCCUACCUCAGUUCUGAAAGUGUGCUUUUGGGGAAACACAGACUGUCAUUUUCUGUCCUGCAGACAGUUGAUUUAAAUAAACAGUUAUUAAGUAGACAUGAAUGUUUCUGCACAACUUUCUUGUAUGCAGUGAUCACCAAGAAGUUUGUCAGUUCACUGAGGAUGACAGGCUUCCAUUUGUUUAUUUUGGAUCUCUGUGAAACAUAAAUAUAAAUUUUUAUUCUGGUUAAUCUAUGAUCUGCCUUCCUUAUAGUCUCUAGUUUUAUAGAGUUUGCUGUUUCAUUCUCUGUAAACAGUUGGUACAGAUCAACAGAUCUACACUUAUCCCAGAAUGACAGCUUGAAUCGGCCUUGCAGUUCAGGUAAAGCAGUGAAAUUUGUCUGACAGCUAUUCCAGAGAUUUCUGCAUUAGCUGCUGUCAAAAUCUUCAUAAGUAUUUUCAGGCUCGUUGAUAUUGUUGGGUAUUAUUCAUCUGAAAUUACUUUUAUGCUGCAAUGCUUUGGAAGUCACUAACAAGACUCAGGACUUUUAAAGACAGGAAAAAACCAUCAGGUCUUUUAUAAACAUUAUAAUUAUGAAUGUUGUCCAUGCACAGUAUUUUGAUAUUAUCUUUCUAAGACAGGUGUCUGUCUUGAGAAUGACAUUGUUGAACAAAAAAAAAGUAUAUAGUUCUCGAGUUGUCACAUGGUUUGGAGGAUGUAACCAAGCUGCAAACAAGCAGCCUGUCCACCUGUGACUAUCAAUGGGGACCCUGAAUGCCUUAUUCUUUCUGAGGUGAUUCAGUCUAAAAACACAUUGGUGGUGAGUUUGUCAUGAGAUUUUCAAACAUAUCCACUUCAACGAGGCACCAGUGCUUGUGCAGCGUUGUGUCUGUCAUGAAAAACAGCAGGAAACACAUAAGUUGCACCUUGCAUUCUGUCACCUGUACCCAAAUUAUCUCGAAGGACAUGGACAUGUAGAUCUCUGUGGUGAGCUGCUUGUCUAACUUCGUCUUUUGCAUUGGGCUAAAGAGGUGCAAGCCAAGACUAAUUUGCCUCUGCUACUACAGAUGUCACACAUAUUUUCAUAUCCAUCAAACAAUUUUGACUCAUCCUCUGCACUAAACCAGUGUUGCAUGCAUCACAGAAGACAUACUGACAAAAUCUCCAAGAAAAAACUAUUGGUCAAUGAAGUUUUUGCAUCAUAAUCAUGGUGUGAGUUUGUUUUAUAUCUGCAUAAGCGCAGUUGAUUCCAUUUAAUAUAGUAUGAUUUUUUUGUUUAAAACUCAACACUUAACCCUUCACACCUAAUGGUGUUUUCUACAAAUACAUGACCUCAUAACUGUGCAUUUAAAAGGGUUACACAGAAUAUUGGUCCUUGGAUUAUCUGGGAGAACAGAAAUUUCUGCAACUGUGGUCUGUCAUCUAACAAAAGUAAUUUAUGCAGGCAAAUGGCUCCCCUGGUGAAUUAUCAAGUGAUGUGUGUGUGUGUUGAGGAUAUUUGUCCAGGAAAAACUUGUUGUUUGCUUCUUUUUGCUGAUGAACAGACUCUUUCAGUGGCAAAUGGAUAAAAUAGUGGUUUUGACAGCCUUUUGUUUUUUCAUUCAGCCUGCAGCAUUUUUGGAGAUAAUUCCAAUGAUGUGUGCAUAUAAAUCCAUGUCUCUUAAUUUUCAUCAAAUCAAAUCAAAUCAGACUUUAUUGUCUGUAGAGGAUACUCAAGACAGAAAUUUUUCUUUUGCUCACACGGGCAGGCAUACAUACUCAUACAGACAUUUAACGCACACAUAAUAACUACUAUCUGUUCAUUAUUAAAGUGUUUCACAAAUCUUUCAGUCAUCCACUUAAUUGGGAUCCAUUGUAAUAGUAAUGCCACAGGAAGAGAAGAACUUGUUAGUAAGUCUAUGUCUAGAAAAACAUUCUAGAAGGUAUAACAACAGUUUACUUUAUUUGUACAUGAUUAUUCUGCAUGAAGAUGGAGAAGAGCGCUACACUUCAUUGUUGAUGAACCUAAUUGUCUCUAAUGCAAAGGGUCAACAUGUUUCUUCACACAAGGCUUUGAUUUUUUUUUUCCCCAAGGCCUUAUGGUCUUGUACUCACCUAGGUGUUCACUGUGGUAGAUGUGAUAUCAUUUACUACUUUCCACUAUGACAAUACUACUUUUUAUUAAAUGCUUUCAGUAGUCUUUAUUUUUAUUAUUCAGCAGUCUGCAUCAUUGCUGCUGGUGUGUGAUGGUCUCCCUUAUUUUGGUCUCUACCAUGACCAUGACAUUUGCUGCAUGAUCCGCAAGUAUCAGAAGUAUUUGGUUUCAUUUAUUCCUUGUCACUUCCCAAGGAGCAUAGGGCCGUAAGAUGUGGUGCUUUUUUUUUUUUUUUAACAUGAGUGGGUUGAGUGGUUAACCUGCCAGGAGCACACCAAUUGGUGGUGGCAGAAGUAUUGCCUCUUGCAAAUUAUUUCUACAAUAGCCAGAACUCGAUGCUUGAGCUGCUAGUGGAAGAAAUUGUGAUUUUAAACCCUUUUAUAUUGUGCACAUACACAGUCAUUAUUGUACUUGUUCUGUAAGGAUUAUUCAGCUGGAAUUAUGACAAUUUCUAAAAUGAGGUCACGUUAAGUCAUAUUCCUCCAAUAGUCUUGACACAAAGUGAUCACAUGUCACAUCAAAUUGUCUUCUAUUAAAAGCUGACAUUUUCACACCUAUACAAAGUAUUGUAGACUUCACAGCCUUGCCCUAUUGAUUGCUUGGUGGCCUUGUCACUACAACAGACUUAAAUGUCCUUGGAGGUCAAGGUUUUUUUGGGAUGUUGUUGAUAAGGUCAUUUUUAGGGGGAGGGGAUGAGCUUUGGUAUUUGACAGACACUUCAGAAUCAUUGGCCAUUAGUCUUAAUCGCAUUUUUUCUAGUAGGGGAACACCUUGUUUUUUCUGUCCUCAAGUCGAAGUUUCACCUGCUGAAGUUUUCUUUUCUCUUGCUUUCUUGUUGUUAUAGAGAAUUCCUUAAUUCUUCGUCAUGUGGGGCCAUCGCUUUGUGUGCUGUUACCAACGCUAUCAUGAAUUCUUUGACCGUACAUUUUACAUCUCACCACUAAUUCGUUUUGCAUUAAGAGACUGUGAUUUUAAAUACUCCAGUCUCUUAUCAUAGGACAUAUGUUUGCAAUCAUUAAUUAAUUUUGUUGCAUAACUUUGCACACAAUGGUUGUAGACUACUUCAAGUGGAACUCCACGUGGUAUUACCAUAUUCCACAUGAAACCUCACUAAUGCUUCAUAUAAAUUAAGAAAUGUGUCCUGAUCCAAGAAUGAAACUGGUCUUAUUAAGUCCAGCAUUCUAGCUUUAUUGAUUGUAUUUUGGAUAUGAAGAUCUUUGAUCUUGACAGGUUUCUAUGCCUUCAUGAGAUGGAUCAAGGUACGAACUUGAUGCUAGAAGUACUUGCAUUUUUUCUUCUGACGUAUUUGUUAUUUAAUAUUCAAAGUUCUUUGUUAGCACAGAUCUUUGUCUCAGCAUCCCUAUUAAUAAGAACUGCUCCUAUAUUGCAUCUCACAGUCAUGCUAGUUUUGUUGAUUAGAGACAUUCAGCAUGAUGAUCAUUUUAAGGUUAUCUGAUUCUGUCCUCAUAAUGUUGCACUUCUAAGUACCCUGUCCAGUUUCCUAAUCAGUCAGGAUCUUGUCCCAGUGCAUGAAAAUUAUCACUGUUACAUGUACUUGAUGCUUUAUUGGAAAAACAAUAUUCCAAAGCUUUAGAUGCCAAGCAAAUGUAACCUUGAUUCUGAUGAUGUGCAACAUUUACUCAUGCAUUCCUGAGUAAUGAUGAAAAAUAAAUGUUCUUUUAUCAAAUGUA